GAGGGAAAAAAUUAUCAACUGUAUCUCAUCCAUUCGUGGCAACAAUGAGCGUAGUCCGAUAGGUUUUUCGAUAUCCUCAACUCGGAAGAAUUAUGAGGAUUCUGCUCGGUUCCGUCAGACGUUACCUCUCUUUCUCUUCGCGCAGCUUUUCUGCGAGAAGUGGCGAUGAGGUUCGCUUGGAGCAAUUGAAGGGUGAUCAUGAGGGGAUCGCGUAUCUCACGAUGCACAGACCGGAGGCGAAGAAUGCCCUGAGUCGCAACUUUGUGGGUCAACUCGAAAAAUGUCUACAGGAUCUCAGGACGAAGAAAGAGGUCCGCGUCCUCAUAAUGCGCUCCACAGUACCCGGAGUUUUCUGCGCCGGGGCUGAUCUCAAGGAACGUCGGAAAAUGAAUGAAUCCGAUGUGGAAGGUUUCGUUGAGCGUUUGCGGAACGCGGCAUCCGCGAUCGAAGAUCUGCCGAUGCCUACGAUCGCAGCUCUCGACGGUGCGGCUCUUGGUGGCGGCUUGGAGAUGGCUCUCGCAUGCGACAUCAGAGUCGCGUCGAAAACCGCGAAACUAGGUCUCGUGGAAACCAAGUUGGCAGUGAUUCCAGGCGCAGGAGGAACGCAGAGACUUCCCCGAAUCGUUGGACCUGUGAUCGCGAAGGAGCUCAUCCUGACGGCUCGGGUUCUGAAUGGCGCUCAAGCGCAGGAAAUCGGUCUAGUCAAUCACGUCGCCGAUGACGGUCAGACUGUCGAAAAUUUAGCGCUGAAGAUCGCGUCUGAGAUCCUCCCAAACGGACCCGUAGCGCUCAGAAUGGCCAAACUUGCCAUAAACAAAGGCAUGCAAGUAUCGUUGAGUGAUGGGCUAGCUUUCGAAAAGAGUUACUACGCACAAAUUAUCAACACGAAGGACCGUAUAGAAGGACUUUCAGCUUUCGCGGAGAAGCGAAAACCAGCAUACAAAGGAGAAUAAGUUCUCCCAGACACGGAUUCUUUCUAUAAUAAACGAAUGACUUGAAAGUGGAAAGCAGGUACUGCUUCGCUCCGGCUCACU